UGCACCCAGGUGGCGUUGGCACAGCUCCGCCAGUCACGUGCCAUGGCGGCGCCGAGUUUUGCGGAAGAUUUGAUAUCGGUUCGGAGUCGUAAACGUCCCAGUUUGAACGAGUUAUUCGAAAAUUUACCAAAACAACUCACAAAAGAUGUACUACAAAACCUACAACGAGCUCUUUUUGAAUGUGAUCCAGAGCUGAUACCCCAAAAUGAAGAAGUUGUGAGCAGUUUACUCGGAGUGAUCUUGGAUGAAAAGACGGGACUCUAUGAAAGGCAUCUGUCACUGGCAGUGCUCAAAAGUCUCUCCCCUCAGUAUGGCUUGGAGGAAAUGCUGCUUCCCCUUCCUCCUGAUCAAAUAGUUAUCUUUUUGCAACCCCUUCUGGUCCAGGGUACUGGCAGUCGUUACUACAGAGAAAUCUUUGAAAAGCUCCUGAGAGCACUUGAAGACAAUGACACAAGUUACGACACCAAGUGCCACAUCCUUCUGUACCUGACACAAGUCACAGAAGCAAAUGAGUCCUUACUAACAACUGAGGAUGCUCAGGCAGUGCUGAGCCAGUUUCCGGGGUGGUUGCUCGACUGUUCAGCAUUCUCUGCUAAGAAGAUGGCCACAUCCUUACUUUCAGCUUCUCAACAGCAGGCGCCAUCACGAUUUCGUCGCUCGGAAACUCCACAACCGGUUUAUGAAUUGGACGGCACUGUUUCACAGAAGAUGUUCACUGUCCUCAGCUGUGCAAAAUACAACACCCCUGACCAGACGCUGAAUAUUGCCACUUUCUCCGUCCUGCGGCACUGGACUGCGGCAGCUCUUCAUCACAAGUUUGCGGAUGAACGUUUCGUGUCUGCUGUUCGACAGUACUGCCUCUAUGUCAUUGGACAGUCGCAAAAGAAACCUACACAGCCAGAAGAUUCUGAAUCCGAAAGGGCGUCUCUGGUCGAAGCCUUGCAUGUGUUGGACACGUUGUGUCUUCUAGAAAAUUCUACGCUGCAGGAAGUUAUGCCUACAAUUCAAAGACUUGUGGACUCUCUAUAUCCAUCCAGUGUUGCUGUGGACACAGCCCUUCUGCAGUUCUUGCUUCAUCAUGGUGGAAUGGACCAGGGUAGGCUGGACGACAUGAUAGCGAAGUUUUUGGAAGAAGUUGUCGCAGAGUCAUUCCGCGAUGAUGCAGAUGCGGUACAGGUCACUACUUUUGUCCAAGAAAACCUGGCACAGCUGUGCUAUGAUUGUGGUGGUGUCCUCGAAAAAUACUUUCCUGCACUGUUCAAGGUCUUCGCUUGGCAUCCUCGACACUUCACGGCAGCUUUCAGCGAAAUCCUGCCUGCCGUCAUGUCUUCAAAGACAUCUGUAGAGGUGUUCUAUUGUCUGGUUGACCUGCCAUGCACGGUAGCUACAAUGUUAGUCGACAGCAAGGACCCUUCUGUUCCGGAGUCCGUCCAUGCAAGGAUAGUAGCCGACACUCAUGCUCCCAUGGUGAAGUUUGUGCUCAGAAAUACCAGCGGCAUUGGAGACACCUUUGCUGGUGCUGCAAGAUUCCACGGAGUGAUAUCUGGGCUCUCGUCCCAUCCUCGUGUGGUGCAGUGUUCGACCCAUGUGCUCUCUCUCCUCACCUGCUUCUUCUCGACAUUCCUGGAGUAUGCAGACGCGGAGCUUGCAUCACGAUUGGUGCCUCCUAUGUUGGAGAGGCUGACCAUUUCCUAUGGUUCCACAAACUAUGCAGAGAAACUGCGCAAGGCACUGGCUGAUGUGGUGCCUCCUCUGUUCAAGAAGUUCCCUGAAAUUACCUUCCUGCUAACGAAUGAGCUGGUGGACUAUCUGAGUCACACUGUGAAUCGCAAUGCUGCACCGGAAUUCUUCGCAAACCUGGUGUGGGCAAUAGGCGAGUUUGCAUCGCCCAGUGAAACGCCACUCUUCAAUCCCAGUGCUGUAGCUGACUACUUUGAAGUACUAGAAUGUGUUACAUUUGAGCUUCUUGGCUCUGCAUCUAUGAUUCAGCAGCUACGGCCAUCCAGACUUUUGUGUGUGCUCAUCACCAGCCUGGCUAAGUUGGCAGUACGAUCUCAGGACCUGCUGCCACGUGCUAUGCUGUGCCUGGCCAAAAGUGGACAGGCGUGUGGAGACUCUCAGUCACAACACCAUCUUAUUCUUGCCCAGAGGGUAAGGGAGCUCUCAACCCUCCUUCAAACAUCCGGGGCUGCCUCUGCAAUACUGUCGCCUCCAACGGAAGACGAACUGGAAAGGUGUCAUUACAGCAAGUCUCAGUUACCAAAACUUAUGGACCUCAUAGGUGUUCUAACCCCUGAAGAUGGCCAGACAGAGUGAGAUUGGCAAGAAGAAGCUACAGGCUUUGUUGCUUGUGCGCCAAGAAAAGUCUAGUCAUCGUCAUCAUCAGAAAGAAGAGUAUGAUAUGCCAUACUGAAAGAAUGGAAUGAAAGAAGAAAAAGGGAAAGAAGAGACGGAAAACAGAAGGAAUGAGAAACUUGUCCCAUGGCAUACGAGAGCUGGGUUUCGCAGUCCUGUUUAGACCAGAUGACACAUUAUUCUGGUGUACCAUAGCUUCCAAUCAUGCAGACGUGAAAAAUAGUUUCCCAGGCAGCUCAGUUGCAAAAGAACAGAGUCAAUGCCACAUUUGGUGAGGCCAGUGCUCCAUGGCCAUUCUUCUCUAGAACUAUAUACGUGUUGGCUCAAUCGAAGCCCAUCAGACGACAUCUCGCUGGAAGAUGGCUAACAUGACUUAAAAAUGAAUCAGUCGGCAAACAUUAAUAACAUAUCACUGUAGGUGUAUGCACAUAAGGAAAUUGUGCUGUUGAUUUUCACUGCUUUAAGAGGUUCUGAGCAACAUGUGUUUCACUAGAGGACAAAUGCAGAAAUAAAUGUACAAUGGUAUUUUUA